UGAAUUCUUUAUCUGUUUCAUUUCAAAGGAGUUCUUUGCCAAGAUGAACACUUUACUGCUGAGGUCUGCACAGGAAAAUGAUACAAAGGACAAGUACCAAGAGGCAUUUCAAGAAGCAGAUGUAGACUGCGUCUCUCUGUCACCCAUUGGCUUUGAGUUCAUUGACCUCGAGACCCUGUAUGCUCAUAUCUCCCAUCCUGAAGACCAUUCUGGACUCAUCUUCUCAAGCCCCAGGACCGUCCAAUCGGUUGCUCUCUGUCUUGAGAGGCAUGAUAAGAAUUAUGAAUGGAAUAGCAGAUUGAGGGAUGAAUGGAGUAAGCUACCUGCCUUCAGUGUAGGUACAUCAACAGGGGUAGUGAGGAAACUAGGACUACAUCCCAUGGGAGAAGACUCAGGCAAUGCUGAAAAUCUCUGUAAAAUCAUCUUAGAAGCUGUCAAGCCUGGAUCUAAGCCACUACUCUAUCCUUGCGGUACGAUGAGAAGAGAAACAAUUCCAAAGACAUUGCAGAAGGAAGGAAUUCUUUUUAAAGAAGAUGUAGCCUAUCAAACAGUUCCCAACCCGGAUCUAGAACAAGAGCUAGCCAAAUACCUGCAAGAAAAGGGGGCACCUUUCUGCAUAGUUUUCUUCAGUCCGUCUGGGGUCCAGUAUUCCAAAGAGGUGUUUGACAAGUUCAAAGCAGAUCUACACAGUACAAAGCUCUUGGCUAUUGGUGGGACUACACGCGCCGCAAUGCAGGAGCAUGGGUAUGUGGUAGCCGGUGUAGCAGAGAAGCCCAACCCAACAGCACUGCUUCAAGCAAUACAACAAUGUCAGGGAGGAACAGAUGGAUGAAGGAUAGAAGGAAAUAUGGCACAUCUGAGCCCUGUUUCACAAAACUUGUCAUCAGCAACAAAUGACAGUUUUUGUUAUAAGCUAGUGAAAUCCUUGCUUCUGAU